AUGAUUAUCAACAGCAACAACAAUGGCAUUAGCAUGAACGGCAAUGCAAGUCACGACCCUACCACGACGAACGGCAACGCAAGCCACGACCAUAUCACUAUGAAAGGCAACGGACACCACACAAACGGAUACCACGCCAACGGGGCCAUUUCCAACGGCAAUGGAGUUCACAUCAACGGUACCAAUGGUAAAAACGGCACGCAUAUCGACCCAAACAAGGGUACCUUCUCCCCAAUCGCAAUCUGCGGUAUGGCCUGUCGUCUCCCCGGCGGCAUCGCCUCCCCAGAGCAGCUCUGGGACUUUCUCAUGGAGGGGGGUGAUGCACGCAGCCGCGUCCCAGAAAGCCGCUUCAACAUCGCCGCCUAUUACUCAGCUACCCGAAAGUCAGGAGCAGCCAAUACCGAGUUCGGUUACUUCCUUGACGAGUCUGUCGACCUGGGAGCCCUUGACACAUCCUUGUUCUCCAUGCCUCGCGGCGAGGUCGCCAGAUUAGAUCCCCAGCAGCGGUUACUACUAGAGGUUGCGCGGGAGUCCAUUGACGAUGCUGGCGAGGUCGGCUGGAAGGGAAGCAACAUCGGCGUUUAUGUUGGGACUUUCAGCCAGGACUGGUAUGAUGCCUUCAACCAGGAGGCGCUGAAAUACGGCAUCUAUCAAGCGACAGCGACGCAUGACUUUAUGAUGUCGGAGCGCCUGUCUCACGAGAUGGAUCUACGCGGGCCUAGCAUGACGAUUCGCACGGCCUGCUCAUCGGCGCUGGUUGGGCUCAAUGAGGCCUGUCUGGCCAUUUCCAGAGGCGACUGCAACUCGGCCAUUGUCGGCGGCACCAGUAUCAUCAUGGCCCCGGGACUGAUGACUGCUAUGGCCGAACAGGGUGUCCUGAGCCCCGACGGCUCAUGCAAGACUUUCUCAGCCAACGCCAACGGCUAUGCACGCGGCGAGGCUAUUGUCUCAUUCUAUGUUAAGUCUCUCGAUGCCGCUCUGUGUGAUGGCAACCCCAUCCGCUCCGUCAUUGCGGGAACUGCCACCAACUUUGAUGGCAAGACCCCGACGCUGUCAAUGCCUAACACAGUGGCUCAGGAAACGUUGAUUCGCCGCGCUUACAAGGUCGCCGGAAUCGAUGAUUUUGGAAAGACGGGGUUCUUCGAGUGCCACGGUACCGGAACCAGUGCUGGUGAUCUGGUGGAGACCAGCGCCGUAGCGUCCGUCUUUGGAGACCAGGGCGUCCACAUUGGAUCUAUCAAGCCAAACCUAGGGCAUUCCGAGGGAGCUUCAGGCUUAACUUCAUUGCUGAAGGCCGUCCUGGCUCUGCAGUGGGGGACAAUUCCUCCAAAUAUCAAGUCACUGCCGCUAAACCCCAAGAUUCCCUUCGAGCACGUCAAACUGAAAGUCCCGCAAACACCGCUCCCCUGGCCUAAAGACCGUGAACAGCGUGUCAGUAUCAACUCGUUUGGUGUCGGUGGUGCUAACGCCCAUGUCAUCGUGGAGUCGGCAGAGAGGUAUAAACCCUCACGCCGAGCAGUUGAAGAAGUGCGAUCACGAUCGAAUGAGCCACAACUGCUCCUCUACUCGGCCAAUACCGCACAGUCCUUGAACGACAUAAUCCAAAAGCACCAGACUUUCCUUAGUAACACCUCGCUAGACUUCGCCGACAUCGCAUACACCCUCGCGAACAAGCGAGAGCACCUUGGACAUAGGGCAUUCUUGGUCGCCACUCAAAACACAUUCGAACCCAGUACCCCCAUGUCCUCGUAUAAGACCGGCCCUCCUGGCUCCCAGGGCCCACCUUCCGUGGUCAUGGUCUUCACUGGCCAAGACCAUCAAGGCCCUGGACAACCAUCUUCGGAGCCUGGGAGCGCUGCACCAAACUGGUCGCUAGCCGAGGAACUUGUCAAGCCGGCCAAGACUAGUCGUGUUUACGAGGCCGAGUUCGCGCAACCCCUUUGCACGGCUGUUCAGAUUGCGCUGGUUGAUACACCUGCAACUUUAGGAGUUCAGCCUGCCGCCGUUGUCGGCCAUUCCAGCGGUGAGAUUGGGGCAGCAUAUGCCGCAGGCGGGCUUACAGCACAAGAGGCUAUCGCUAUUGCCUUCCAUCGUGGAGCAACAACCAAGGUGCAGACCCAGGCUGGUGGAAUGGCCGCGGUAGGCUUGGGCUGGGAUGAGGCAGCGGAGUUUUUGGUGCCUGGUGUUGUCAGAGCUUGUGAUAACUCGCCCAGCAGUGUGACUUUGUCUGGAGAUGCCGACAAACUGGCCUGUGUCGUUGAUGCUGUGAAGCAGGGCGGGCCCGGAGUGCCAGUCACCACCCUCAAGGCUGAAAAGGCAUACCACUCGCACCACAUGGAGGCUCUCGGCGAAGAUUACGAACAGGCCAUGGUCGAGUCAGGCGUCGUCGGCAGCGCACCUCUGAUUCCGUUCUUCUCCAGCGUUACUGGAAUGCGCUUUGGACUGAAGGAGGAUGACAAAUUCGGACCGAAGUACUGGCGUUCCAACCUCGAACGCUCUGUGCUCUUCAGGGCAGCCGUCUCUGGCAUCCUGCACUGCCCUGAGAUCACCAACGAAGUCCUGCUCGAGCUUGGCCCGCACCCUGCACUUGCCGGUCCCUUGCGCCAGAUCCUAACACACAACUCAAGCAAGGCUCCCUACAUCGCCACUCUCAUGCGCAAUCAGCAUGGCGUUGAGGCCUUCCUCCAGGCCCUCCGCAAGCUAUACACCAUGCAUGUUGACAUCGACUUUAAGACCCUGAUGCCUCAUGGCUCAGCUGUUUCCGACCUCCCGCGUUACGCUUGGGACCACCAGCGCAUGCACUGGUAUGAGUCUCGAGUAUCUAAGGAGUGGAGACACCGCGAAUACCCUGCCCACGAUCUGCUCGGUAUCAAUGUGCCCGAGAGCACCGAGCUUGACCCAGUGUGGCGCGACCUCCUGCGCGUUGACAACACGCCCUGGCUGUGUGACCACAAGCUCCACGAGGGAAUUGUCUUCCCCUUCGCAGCAUACGUCUCCAUGGCCGCCGAAGCCGCACGGCAGGUCUCCGGCAUCCUGGAUGGAGUGAGCCUCAGGCAUAUCUCCGUGAAUGUAGCCCUGCUGAUCAACGAAGAUACGCCGACCGAGCUCGUCACAUCGCUGCGCCACCACCGGCUGACAGACUCGCUCGACAGCGACUGGUGGGAGUUUAAUAUCUCAUCGCACAACGGCCACGUCUGGACGAAGCACUGCACCGGCGAAGUACGCGCAGAGUCGGCCAAGAGCGUGCCCACACCUCACCCAAGCCCUGAGUCACUCCCUCGGAAGGUGGACAUGACAAAGUGGUAUGCGACGCUGCGACGCCAAGGGCUCAACUACGGUCCUCUCUUCACUACCCUCGAGGAGGUACGGUGUUCCACAGGCGAGGCGCACACUGCCUUCGGAAGCAUGCGCAAUAACCGCUGGGGCGACGAGAGCCAGUACCACCUGCAUCCUGUUAUUCUGGACUCCUACUUCCAGAUGCUGAGUAUCGCACACAGCAACGGUGUAGCCCAUACUUAUAGGCGCCGAAUCCCCGCCAGCGUCGAGGGCUUGACGCUGUACCGCUCCGCCGAGGACAAGCUCGAUCUGGAUGCCACGGUGGUCUUCACUGAAGACGGAUUAAUCGGACAUGGUUCUUGCUCGGCCAGGGGGAAUACCAUUCUCAAGGCUACGGGGGUGCGCGUGACGCUUUUCGAUGGCCCCGAGGGAGACGAUGAGGCGAAUCCGAUGCCCAUCACCGCCCGAUGCGAGUGGGUACCGCAUAUUGAUUUCAAGAAUACCGCCGAGUUGAUCCAGGAGCCCCAGGGUCUUGCAGAGGCCCUUCCCCGUUUAAAUGAGCUUGCUCAACUGGCCAUCGCUCUCUCGCAGCUCUUAACCAGAGGCAUCGACGUCCAGGACCCAUCGCUGGCGAAGUACAAGGCGUGGUUGGGUCAGCAGUCAACCUCCCAGAUCAACAUCGACACGCUCUCUCAGGGCUUAACCACCCUUGUGAGGAAUCUCAAGGGAACGCCCGCUGCGCACGCCGCUGAAGCAAUUAUGACUGUCUUCAACAACAUUGGAUCCCUCCUGAAAGGCGAAGAGACUGGAUUCCAGAUCCUGAACGCCGCCGCCGAUGGCAACCUAGAGAAGCUCAAGGCCUUCCUCAACUACUACGACCACUCCAAAUACCUGCAGUCUCUCUCACACAGCAAGCCCAACCUGCGCGUCCUCGAGAUCGGUGCCGGGCUCGGCGACGGCACAAUAGAGAUCCUCAAGAACCUAGCUAGACCCGACGGCCAAAUUCUUUACUCGCGGUACGUCUUCACCGACAGUGCUCAGGCGAUCAUCAACAUAGCAAAGGAGCGUCUGAAGGGCGUUCCGAAUAUGGAAUUCGCGACGCUGGACCCUAGCCAGGAUGUCGCCGGCCAGGGAUUUCAAGGCCGCCGAUUCGACCUCGUCGUCGCUGUGAAUGUCCUGAAUGCAUCUCCUAGCGUGCGGGACAGUCUGCGGAAUGUUCGGGCACUGCUUGCCCCCGAGGGCCGCUUGCUUCUGCAAGAACCAACCCCUGCACAGCCAUGGGCCAAGUUCGUCCUGGGUACCAUGCCGAGCUGUUGGAGCCAUGAGCAGGACGACCGGGCCUAUGAGCCCUUCGUGAGCACAAAGAGGUGGCAGGAGGAGCUGCAGGCCGCUGGAUUUGAAGACGUGGAGCCCGUCACCUCCGAGUCUGAGGCAUUGGUGAACUCAGUCAUUGUUGCCAGAGCGGUGCAGCAGAAGACGGUGCCGCUCUGGUCCAAUCUUCUCUGGGUUACUCGGCCUUCCAGCAUCGGCAGCUGCGAUCCGAAAUACGGCUCGGUAAUCGGUCUGGCUCGCACACUGCGUUCUGAACGGAGCAUUGACUUUGCUGUCUGGGAGGUCGACGAUGUCAACUCUCCCGUGGGCUCAAAAGCCCUGUUGAGCGUUCUGCAGAAGUUCCAAGCACGCCAACACGACGAGGCCGCAUUGGAUCCGGAUUACGGUGAGCGCUCUGAAUCAGACUCAUCCGACGAAGCAGCCUUGACGAUCACCCAGCAAGGCCGCAUGGACACCCUGCGGUGGGCUGCGUCGUCCGCCGUGGAUCCUAAGGACAAUGAAGUUGAGGUUGAGGUACAUGCCACCGGGUUGAACUUCCGGGAUGUCCUCGUUGCAAUGGGAAUUAUCGAACGCAACCGGCCAACAUUCGGUUACGAAGCCGCCGGUAUCGUCCGCCGUGUUGGCAAGAACGUCACGAAGCUGCGCAUUGGCGACCGUGCCGCCUUUAUGGGCAUGGAGACCUUCUCGACAGUUGUGACCGCGCCGGAUAUGCUCUACGAGAAACUGCCAGACAACAUGAGCUUUGCCGAGGGUGCUUCGAUGCCUUUAGCCUUCACGACCUCCAUCUACUGUCUCAUCACCGUUGGACGACUUUCAAAGGGCCAGUCAAUCCUCAUCCACAGUGGUUGCGGUGGAGUCGGACUGGCCGCUAUCCAGAUCGCCCAGAUGCUCGGCGCCGAGAUCUUCACGACCGUGAGCAGCGAGGAGAAGACCCGCUACUUGAACGAGACCUACGGAAUCCCUCGAAACCGGAUCUUCAACUCCCGGAGCACCUCUUUCGUCGACGAUGUCAUGCGCGAGACCAACGGCCGGGGUGUGGAUCUAGCCCUCAACUCCCUCUCCGCCGAGCAGCUGCAUGCAACAUGGAGUUGUAUUGGCAAGUGGGGAACAAUGGUUGAGAUCGGAUCUCCUGGGAGCCGCGAAGCUCGAUAUGACCCCGUUCCUGGCGAACCGGAACUACUGCUGCGUGGACCUCGACCAGAUGAGUCGCGAGAGGCCACACAUGGUUGCUGA